AUGGUCAAAGAACUUCUUCGAAUCGGUGCCCAAUUUGUCGGGUAUCGUGAGUAUGCUAGCAAGACUGAAGAAAAACUUGCUGAAGCCAACAAGCUUGCCGACGCUCUUGCUCAGAAGCUAGAGCAGAGUGAAAUGGCUCGCAAGAAGGCUGAUCUUGAUGCUAGCCGAGCUAAAGCAGAGGCUGAGGAGGCCAUAGCCAAAGCUUCUGGUGUCGAAGAUUUGCAGAAGAGGCUGGCUGAUGCCGAAGCUGCUUUAAAUGAACACAAGGCCUCCCAAGCUGCUCGCGAAAAGUUGGUGUUUGAUAACUAUACUCCGUCUCCUGCUCCUCUCGAUGUUUUGCCUUCUCCUUCUUGCUUGAGGAAAAAUCUUGCUGAUGCUGAGCCUUCUCGCAAAGCAUUAGAAGCCGAGAAGACUGCACUUCAACAAGCUCAAGAAGCCUUGGAUGCUAAGGAGACCGCCCUUGCUGAAGUUGGAAAAGCGACCGCUCGAGAAAAUCUUAUGCUGGAGUUGAUGAAUGAGGCCAGCGCAGAUAUGUCGGGUUCCUUUCUUGACUCUGCUGCUGAAGAGGAAAGGCCCUUGAUGCUGGAAUUCAUCUGCCUUGGUACCCAAUUUGUCGGGUACCAUGAUUAUGCUAAACAAGCCGAAGAAAAUCUUGCGGAAGCCAACAGUCGUGCUGACGCACUUGCUCUUAAACUAGAGCAAAGUGAAAAAGCUCGUAAGAAGGCUGAAGCAGAUGCCAAAAAGUCUAAGGCAAAAGCCGCCACCGUCGAAGAUCUUCGAAAGAAACUUCAUGAGGCGGAAACCUCUUUAAGAAAAACGGGUCAGGAAUAUGAACUUAGAGAUCCUGAGAACGAUCCCCUUCUUGACGCGCUUUCUCUCCUUGAAAUUCAUGGAGAUGAGGCACGCGACGGUCUUGCUGAAGCUGAGGCGGGGUUGUCACAGCUGUACCCUUACUUCUUCCCGAGGAAAGAACAACCCGCACCGUUUCUUGCUCUCGCCAAGUGCUUCAAUACUCCCAAAAACCUUGGGAUCAAACUUCGUCAAGAAAGUUUAAAGGUUGGCGUGGAGGUUGAUAUUUGA